AUGUCCAAAUGGACCAUGUCCAAAUGGACCAUGUCCAAAUGGACCAUGUCCAAAUGGACCAUGUCCAAAUGGACCAUGUCCCAAGGACCACGUCCAAAUGUCCCAAGGACAAGAGGACCACGUCCAAAGGUCAUGGCAUUUUUGAAUGACAAGCUGACCCAAUGUUUGUACAAGACGAUGCUAAAACAGCAGCAUUGUGCAAGCCAAGGCCAGACGGUUAUGAAUUGA